CGCGCUCUCUCCCCUUCUGCUUCUCUCUCCGCCAGGAGCCGCCGAACGAUGCGAUCGCUCGCAGCCAGCGCCGCCGCCGCCCAUUAGAGACCCCUCCCCCCCGCCUGCCUUCCAACAAAAACCCUCCCGCCAGAGCAGGACCCACCCUUUCCCCUCCCCCCCACCGAACCCUCUUCCUCCUCCUCCUCCUCCUCCAUCAGGAAGAGCUCAGCCUUUUCUGCACCAGCCCCAGUGCCUGCCUGCAGCCCGGCUCCCACUUGGAUGCAUUGAUUGCUAGAGAGAGGGGUAACGGAGGGGAGGACAGCAAAGAAAGGAAAAAAAGGGGGGGACACAUUUGGCUGCCCAGAUUUUUUUUCCCCUGGGGGGUGAUUUUUUCCCCCUUUCCCUCGGAGUGUCUGAGAAGGGGGGAGGCGCCCGCCGAGAGGUGUGUUUUUUCUGGGGGGCCAUCAUGGGAUGUACACUGAGCGCAGAGGAGAGAGCCGCCUUGGAGAGGAGCAAAGCGAUCGAGAAGAACCUCAAGGAGGAUGGGAUCACCGCCGCCAAAGACGUGAAAUUACUCCUGCUAGGGGCUGGAGAAUCUGGGAAAAGCACCAUUGUGAAGCAGAUGAAGAUCAUUCAUGAAGAUGGUUUCUCCGGAGAAGACGUGAAGCAGUACAAGCCUGUGGUCUAUAGCAACACUAUUCAGUCCCUGGCAGCUAUCGUCCGUGCCAUGGAUACCUUGGGCAUUGAAUACGGUGAUAAGGAGCGAAGGGCUGAUGCUAAGAUGGUCUGUGAUGUAGUAAGUCGAAUGGAGGACACAGAGCCCUUCUCUCCAGAGCUGCUGUCCGCUAUGAUGAGACUCUGGGCAGAUUCUGGAAUCCAGGAGUGCUUCAACCGGUCCCGGGAAUAUCAACUUAAUGACUCUGCCCAAUACUACCUAGACAGCUUAGAUCGAAUCGGAGCUCCAGACUACCAGCCAACAGAGCAGGAUAUACUUCGAACCAGGGUCAAAACAACCGGCAUUGUAGAAACCCAUUUCACAUUCAAAAACCUCCACUUCAGGCUGUUCGAUGUGGGAGGUCAGAGGUCAGAACGUAAGAAAUGGAUCCACUGCUUUGAGGACGUCACAGCGAUCAUUUUUUGUGUUGCACUGAGUGGUUACGAUCAGGUGCUCCAUGAAGACGAAACCACGAACCGAAUGCAUGAGUCUCUCAUGCUCUUCGACUCCAUCUGUAACAACAAAUUCUUCAUCGAUACCUCCAUCAUUCUCUUCCUCAACAAGAAAGACCUAUUUGCCGAGAAGAUCAAGAAAUCACCUCUGACCAUCUGCUUCCCUGAAUAUACAGGCCCUAACACUUAUGAGGAUGCAGCAGCAUAUAUCCAAGCACAAUUUGAAAGCAAAAACCGCUCCCCCAACAAGGAGAUUUACUGUCACAUGACUUGUGCGACGGACACGAACAACAUCCAGGUGGUCUUUGAUGCUGUCACCGAUAUCAUCAUUGCCAACAACCUCCGAGGCUGUGGCUUGUACUGACACCUUCUCGUGCUGUAUAGCAAAGCAACUCCUUUGACCACUUCACGGACUCUCCUGUUGGCGUUCUCCUUACCGGUAGCAUGACCUUUUGGCCUUUUGCAUAAGACACAGCCUUCCUUACUGAGUCAAUGUAUAAUGUUCUGAACAUGGAAUGAUGGCUGUGUGUUUCCGUAGACUGCUGUAGAUCUGGUUUUAGCUGAGUCUUUACAUUUAGAAGCUAAAAGAUUAAAAAGGAAGAAAAAAAAGAAAAAUGAAAAUCUUUUUUUCAUGUGCUUUGUAGCUAAAAAAGAAGAAAAAAGAAAAAAAAAGAUUCCUUUCCCAUUUCCCCUACUCCCCUUUAUUUAAAAAAAAGAAAAGAAAAAUCUUUUGCAACCGUGCUAAGAGGUAUUCGCCUCUUCUCCAGUCCUCAUUUUAACAGGAAUGAAUUUGCGUUUGUUUUCAUUUAAUUUCCCUCUUUGUGUUUAUUUGUGCCCUGCCUCUUUAAAAAGAGAAAAGGGCCGGUGGGGUCUUUAUUAGCCUGGAGUGAUAAGACUACAAUGCAAGACCAUGCCUGUGGGUCAGGUAUCCAGCAGGGGAUGUCUUUCUGCAUUAUAUUUAUUUAUUCUUUUCCCCUAGUUUAAUAACGACUCUUCGUUCUGAAUUGUCUCUUUCACGCUCCAGGUUUGUAUCAAAAAAGCACAGCUGUCACUGGCCUGUAGCAGCCAAAUUAUCCAGAGAUUUUCCCUCUCGUGACUUGUUUGCUCUGAAGAAUACUGUGUAUUACAUACCAGAUAGGCUUCCUCUUCUUUCUUUUAUUGUUUUGGGGGUUGGUUUGGGAGACCUUAGAGGGAUUAUUUUUGUUUGGAUUUUUUUUUGUUUUGUUCUGAUUUAUUUUUUUAACUUUCCAGUGAAUGCUUUUCUGUGCUGCUUUUUUCCUCGUCUGAUCCUUCCUUUUAGUGAAUGGUGUUUUCUCUCUCUCUCUCUCUCUCUCUCAUGUGGGGAUGUUUGUGCUGCAAAAACAAAUGGAAAAAAAAAACAAAAAAUACAAAAAAAAAUACAAAAAAACCCAAAAACAAAAAAAGAAAGAAAGAAAAUGUUUAAAAAGUUUAACACACACACACAAAAUCACAAAAAAAACAAAAAACAAAAUCAAAUGUAGUGUUUACAUUAAAGCCACCGUUUUCAUGACCAAUCCUUUGUCAUUUCUACUUUGAUUAGUAAUCAGACAUCGUCACAGUUUCACUUUUCAGAGUUACCUUUGCUGAAGAAAACCAGUCACACCUGUUUAAAAUAAAAUGAUUAAAUACAAAGGAAACUAAAUAUAUAUAUAUAUAUAAAGCGCCAGGUCUUUCUAAGCCUUUCUAUUACCAAUCAGUGAGGUUUCUGUGAUAUAUUAGACACUGCCAAUCUCUUUCUCUGACUAAUGGAAAAUUCAUGUGUAGCUCAAUAAAGAGAAUGUUUGUCUGUAAUCCUGGUCUUUCA